UGGUUCAAAAUUCAAGCAUAGAUGGCUGCAAAUGCCAAAGCAAAUAGAUGAAAUUGACAGGUUAUGUCAAUGACAAGGUGUAACCUAACCAGAAGAACAUUCUGCCAUUAGCCAUCGUAAUUUAAUUUUGGAAGAGUUCUCCUAUUUCUGAAAAAUUCUUUAUUUCUUCUUCUAUUUUAAUUUAAUAAAAUUCUUUAAGCUCCACUACAUUUGAAGUUUUUUUCUAAGUAAUUAAAGUAUGAAUUAGUCAUUUUUAUUUGACUAAUAUAUUUAGAAUGUUUUUCAGUAGAUGGAAAAAUUGACACGUUUAUAGAAAUGUUAGUGCAGUGUUCUUGGGAUCGGGCUCCGCUAACGGAAGCCAUGCAUUUCGUUUCAUCUUCUCCGACGUGACACAAACAAUAUACAGAAACAGAUCUCAUUCUUAUCAUAGUCUCCAAUACCUUCAAUCUAUAAAACCUUAAUUCCCCAGAAAAUCCCAAAUGGCAAAAUUAAAUCUUUUCAUUAUAACAGCCCUAGGAAUUCUUUUCACAAUUGCAGAAUCAAUGCGGUUCGAUCUGAAUUCAGGCAAUACCAAAUGCAUAGGAGAGGAUAUAAAGAGCAAUUCAAUGACUGUGGGAAAAUAUAACGUUGUUCUUCCCAACGAGGCUGAUGCUAUUCCUGAUUCCCAUAAACUUACCGUUAAGGUGACAUCGCCAUAUGGGAGCACUUAUCAUUUUGGGGAUCAUGUGGAUUCGGGUAAUUUUGCAUUCACUGCCGCUGAGGCUGGUGACUACACGACUUGUUUUUGGGCCGAUGAACACAGGCCAGAAACUACAGUGACGGUUGAUUUUGAGUGGAAAACUGGAGUUUCCGCUAAGGAUUGGUCUAAAGUUGCUAAGAAGGGCCAAAUAGAAGUUAUGGAAAUUGAAUUGAAGAAAUUGUACGAAACAGUCACAUCCAUUCAUGAUGAGAUGUUUUAUCUUCGUGAGAGGGAGGAAGAAAUGCAACAACUAAAUAGAUCAACAAACUCCAAAAUGGCUGCACUUAGUUUGCUUUCACUUGUGGUUUGCUUAUCAGUGGCUGGUUUGCAGUUGUGGCACCUCAAGACAUAUUUUGAGAGGAAGAAGCUCCUCUAAUUUUGCAAAUGUUUACUAUUUGUAUCUUUAAUUUUACAUUUUUGAGAGCUGGAUGUUAUAGACCAAUUUCCCAAUGGCUGUGGUUGGUAGUGCAGAGCAAUUAAUAUAAGUGAAUAUUUUAUAUUUCCCAUUUUAUCAUUCUUCUUGGUCUUGUAAUUUGAAUGUUAAUUCGUUAAAGACAACAACUUUUCUUUUUUCCUUCC